AUGUCGCUCACCUACGCGACAGUCCCACUUCAAGUCAAGGGUGUCAACCUCAACCUAGCUACAAUCCACACGCUCAAUGCCGAGCCACCCAUUCUUUUCCUCCACGGCUUUGGAUCAUGCAAAGAAGACCUAGCAGAUCUCGUGAUUCAUCCUGCUCUACAAAAACAUGACUUCAUUGCCUUUGACGCCCCAGGGUGUGGCCACUCGACCAGCGACAAUCUUUCCGCCACCGAUAUCCCGUUCCUAGUCGCCACGGCAGAAGCCGUUCUUAAUUACUUCCAAAUCACCAAAGUCCAUCUCAUGGGUCAUUCAAUGGGUGGCCUCACAGCUCUCAUACUCGCACAUCAAAACCACGACCGAGUCCUCAGCUUCGUUGAUAUUAAGGGCAACCUCGCCCCAGAAGAUUGCUUUCUUAGCCGGCAAAUCUUCACUUUCUCCGCGGAUGAUCCGGAGGCAUUCUUCGACGAGUUCAUCGAUCGUACCAGAAAGGCUAAAUCCUACGCAAGUCCCUUGUACGCAAGCACUCUGCGUGCGCGAGUACGAGCGGGCGCUGUACGACCUAUCUUCGAGUCUAUGGUGCACUUAUCCGAUCAUGGGGAUUUGAUGGAUAAGUUUUUGGGACUUCCAUGUCCGAAGAUGUUUAUGUUUGGCGAGGAGAAUCGUGGAUUAUCGUAUUUGGGUCGUUUGGAGGAGGAGGAGGGGGUGGAAUUGGCGAUGAUUGAGGGGAGUGGGCAUUUCCCUAUGUAUUCUAACCCGGUGGAGAUGUAUCGUCGAAUUAGUGUAUUUUUGGAUAGACUUCAAUAG